AUGCUUCUCCCAGGCCGCUCCCAGAUGAGCUGUGGAAAGACCAACUUGAAACGGGAGAUCAUGGAGGAAGUAAAGGCGCAGAUGAAGGGGCUCUCACGUGAAAUCGUUACAGAGCUAAGGCAAUUUCAAGCACCCCCGAUGCACAACCAGCCCACCUCCCCUUGGACAAAUCCACGGCGCACACCUUACAACGACCGGGACGAGCGAGGUGUGGCAAAAACCCUGGUGGAGGUGAAGAAGGGUCGACUACCUGUUCGUGUGUGUAACCCCCACCCAUACAGUGUCACGAUAAAUCGGUUUGAGAGGCUGGGCCGGCUGUUUAGUGUUGAGGCUGGUGAUGUGCAUGGAGUAGACGAUCUGUCGUUGUCCCUAGUCGAAGAUGGGGUUGUUGAGGUAGCCCUAGUUAACUUUGCAGAAGCCCAAAUGAACGUAGAACGGCCCCCAGGCGUGGUAGAUUUAAGUGAGCGGGCUGAUCUGUCUGAGCCACAACAGGAGCAGUUGCGCGCCCUGCUAGCCAAGUGGGGGAAGGUGUUCGCACAACAUGAGGAGGACUUCGGACGAGCAAACAUUGUCCAGCACCGGAUACCCACUGGAAACGCUGACCCAGUUCGAGAGAGGGAACACCACGAAGCCGAACUACCGCAGGAGGCAGAGGACGCUCUGCCUUCGCGUGGUCCGUGGCACCGCAAGAGACGCAUUGUGCCGGGUUGA